GACAUUUAAAAGUAACCUAAAACCUUUGAGUCUACUACUUACAAUAUUAAUUUUGUUAUUUAUAAUAAUAUUAUGUUGACAUGUUUGAUAUAAAGUACAUUUAAUAGAAAAACCUUUCUUAUUAACUUUAUUCAAUCAAAGGCCUAAUAUAUAGGAGAGAUUCCUCCUAAUCUAUCGAUAAUAUGGCCGAAGUAUACAAAAUUAUUCAUCCAGUAAAAUACUUUAAUGAUUAUAUUAAUCGAAAUGUCCGGCCUGACGGAAGAAAAUUUGAUGAUCAACGUGACAUAAAGCUCAAUAUUAAUGCAAUAAAAUCGGCUGAUGCUUCGGCUGUUGUAAAAUGUGGAAAUACUACUGUUGUCUGCGGUAUUAAAUUGGAGUUAGCAAAACCAAAAGCAGAGGAGCCCGAAUUAGGAUUUUUCGUUACCAAUGUAGAACUUUUACCACUCUGUUCCUCUAAAUUCCGACCAGGACCUCCUUCAGACUAUGCGCAAGUUGUCAGCAACAUAGUUUCCGAUAUAUUUAUAAACUCUAACUCUAUAAAUUUAAAAGAAUUGUGUAUAGUGCCUGACAAGUUAGCCUGGGUAGUAUAUUGUGAUAUGGUAUGCUUAGAUAAUGAUGGGAGUAUAGUUGACGCUUGUAUAAUUACCCUAAUGACAAGCUUAAAAUCAUUAACAUUGCCUAAGGUGAAUUAUGAUACAGAAACAGAGGAAAUUGUUGUAGAUACAAGUAUUAGGACACCACUAAGUAUAACUGGCCUGCCAGUUGCUACAAGUUUUGCGAUUUAUCCAAACUCACCAAGGAGUAUAGUUUUGAUUGAUCCUUCAGCCGAUGAAGAAGAAAUGUGUGGUGGUGUUGGGGCAAAUUUAAUAAUUUGUUGUAAUGAUGAACAGUUUUGUGGAAUCCAAAAAUUUGGUGGCAGUAAUCUUUCAGCUGAAGCUGAAAAAAAAACAUUAGCAAUAGCAAGGGAGAGAAGUAAACUUGUUAAACGAGUUAUUGAGACAUGUUUAAAAAAUAAAAUACAAUAAUUUACGAAACC